GGCAUUGAAUAUAGAAUUUCACAUAAAAGUAUAUCGUAUUGGGGGCGUUUUGUUCAUACGUAUUCUUAUGUACGAGAUUCCAUUUCAAGUUUAGUAUAUGAGCGCACAACAUUUGUCCUUCAUGUAGUUUGCUACGGUUGUUCGUUAAUUUCUCAUUGACAUUUGACGUUUGCGUUCGAAGUGAUACACAAUAGUAUGCGUUUCCUGUCAGGGGACACUAUACUAUGACAAACAUAAAAAUGAACAAUUUAUCAUAAUUAUCACACAAGGUCGUAAUAAUACGUUAAAAAAGAAAGGAAUCAGGACAUUAUGGAGGGUGUCAAUGGACAACUACAGACGAAAUACCAAAAGAUUGCCACAGAAUAUUCAAAAAUUCGUGCCCAAGCAAAUGUUUUAAAGAAAGCUGUGAUCGACGAACAAACACGCAAUGUAGAUCUCCGGGAACAGGUGAAGGAGAAGGAAGUAGAACUUCGGAGAGCAGAACAAGAAUUAGACAGUUUAUCGUUUCGAAAUCAACAAUUGACCAAACGUAUAACUGUAUUACAAGAGGAACUUGAUAAAAUGCAAAUUAAAUCUAAAAAGGGGAAAAAUAAAUUAUCAGAAAGUAAUAGUCAAAUACCAGCACAACCAAAUCAUAUCUUAGAUGAAGAAUUUCAGAAAAAAAUAGUUGAGAAUGCUCAAUUAUUAUCCCAAAUCAGUGAUAAAGAUAGUGAAAUUGAAAAUUUAAAUGACAAGAUACAACAAUUACAGUAUAAAUUAGACCAUUGUGAAAAAUCUAAAAUUGAAUUAGAAUGUCAGUAUCAAAGUAUGAUGGAUAAACUAGAGAGAGAAAGAAGUGAUUUGCAAAGAAAGUUAAAUGAAAAACACAAGCAAGAAGAAACUGUUUCAUGGUCUAGUAAUGAAGGUAAACGAGAUGAAUGUGAUUUAGAUACUAGAAUAGGACUCCCUAAUCAUCGUCAAACGGAAAUAUCUCCGUUUUCAUCGCCGGUAACCUCGCGUAGAUCGUCAAAAUCUAUUGGUGAAGGUAAACCUCAUAAAACACAAGAAGAAAGUAAUGAAUUUGACUUUUCAAAAUUAUACAAUGUAGAAAAAGAAAUGAAUUAUUGGAAAGUACAAUAUCACAUACUUAAAUUAAAGUAUGAUGAAGUAGAACAAAGCGAGUGUUUAAGUAAUACACAAAUUGAGAAUGAGCAGUUGCAAUCGGCAACAAUAAAUCAUAUGAUUGGAAGAUUAACAGUACCCUUUGCAAUACCAGAAGAAAUUGAAGCUCGGGAAGCAAAAAUCAGAGACUACUUCCUACAAGAGAUUGAUAAGUUAAUAACGGAGAAACAAGUUUAUCAUGUUAAAAAUUUAGCUAUAGCUGCCAAUAAUGAAGUUAUGCAAGUACAUUUAGAUACAAGUGAAGCGAAGAGGAAAAAAUGCGAGUCUGCGCUUACAGAAGCAUUUUCAAACUGUAAUGUUUUACAAAAAGACAAAGAAAUACAAGAAGGAAAUUAUAAAACCCAACUUAGUACUAUGAGCGAGCAUCUUGCAAACAUGAAUGAGAAACUUAUUUCUCAAACAGAAGAAAUUCAACAAUUAAAGUUUGAGCUUGCAAACAAGAACAAUAAAAAGGGAAAACAGAAGUGAUAUAGGUUAAAUUACAGGUUAAUAGUUAUUAACAUUCCAUCAGCGAUACUAAUUAAUCAGAAUUAUUGGUAACUUUAAUUUCAUGUACAUAUGAUUAUACCUGACAAAGAAUAAUUACAAUUGUUGAUCAUAUCCUUACUAAUGU